GCAUGCUUUUAUUACGAUUUAUCACGGUUUUAUGGUAUUCCGAGUGCCUUAUUAUAUGUUUUAUUAUUUCAGGUACUUUGGAGCAUCGCGGAAGCAUUUUGAUACAAAAGAUGGAAAAGUCGACGAAAAAGAGGCGAAAGCUCAUUUGCAAGUCUGAAAAACCGACCCCUAUGCACUAAUUGGAAAAUUGGAACCAUCUAGAAGCCUCAAAUGAAUUUGUGUUCUUCAUGAAAGUUGAAGUAGACGUCCCAAGCUUUCCAACGGUUCAAGAAUCGACUCAAUCGGACAUUUCUACGCAAAGUUAUGAAGUUUUGAAGAUCGGAACUGAAACUGUAAUGCCAAGCUCGAAUCGAGCUCACCAAGGCCAAGAGGGAGCUCGAUUCGAGCUCACCACUCUGAGUUCCAGAAAUUCAAGCUCGAAUCGAGCUUGAGGAGCAAAAAAUCAAGCUCGAUUCGAGCUUAGGCUUGUGUAAAGGGGGAAAUUUGAUUUCAAAUGUUUGAAGGCUUGAUUCUCUUUGCUUCUUUGGGCCAAACACUCCUUGAGUGAAUGUUUUUCUUUCCUUUUUUGUAAACAUAUAAAAACCCUUUUAUCUCUAUUUUAGGUUAUGUCAUGAUUUUGUAGAGAAUUGUUAGACAUCUCAUUAUUGUAGCAACACUUUCUCUCUAGCUUUAAAUCAUUGUUCUUAUUGUUCUUACUAAAAGUAGUAAAGGAUCUUCAUAGUUCUUGGUGUUCUUCAAACUAAUUUCCAGAUUUUGCUAUAUUGGGAAACUUAUUAAAUACAAGUAUUAGUCUUUUAAUUGAAGCUUCAUUAUCUUGUUCAUGUGUUUAAGGUUCAUUUAUUACUCCAAGGAUAUCAACUAUAGUGUAUGCACAAUACACGAAGGGCUAAUCUUCCACUAGAACCGUUUCAAGAAAAUCUCGGGGGCUUUGAAAGAAGUGUGAGGCGAGAAAAUCGUAGACCCGAUAUUAUGGAAAAUGAGAAUGAAGAUUAUGAGGAAGGUGAGCGGUUCAAUCCUCAAGUGGAAGGAGCGGAACAACAUUAUCCGCCUCCUCCCCCACUUGAGAAUGUGAAUCGCCAAAGGCAUCAAGAACGCCCAAGGGAUGAUCGACCCCACUUGCAUCCACAAGUGCACAAUCAACCAAGACAAACUUUGGGCGAGUUCUUUUUGCCGAAUGUGGAUAAUGCCACGUUUGGAUGCUUUGCAAUGCCGGUUCAAGCGGCAACCUUUGAGAUCAAGCCAAGUACGAUACAACUUUUAGAGAACCGUUGUGCAUUUUACGGGUUGAGUCAAUAGGAUCCCAAUGCGCACAUCGCCAAAUUCUUGGGUGUACUCAAUACGUUCAAGCUUCAUGAGAUAACCGCGGAUCAAAUCAAGUUGAGAAUGUUCCCCUUCUCUUUAAGGGAUAAGGCUAGCUUAUGGCUUCACUCUCUACCCAAUGAAUCCAUCCACAAUUGGAGGGAGUUGGCUCAAGCGUUUCUCAACAAAUAUUUCCCUCAUGGCAAGACUACAAAGUUGACCAAGGAUAUUCUUGAGUUUAUUCAAUUUGAAGGGGAGUCACUUUAUGAGGCAUGGGAGCGUUUCAAAGAUUUACAAAGGAGUGUCCCCCAUCAUCGGCUCAAUAAAGAGCAUGUGAUCCAAAUCUUCUAUGAUGGGACGACUAUUACUACUAGAGCAACAAUUGAUGCGGCUUCGGGCGGAUCACUAAUGCAAAAGACGUAUGAAGAGGCGCUAGAAUUGGUGGAAAAGUUGGCGAUAGUUAGUAGCACUUGGGGCCCUAUUGAUAGAAGAGCGCCAUCUACUCAAAAGUCGGUAAUGACUCUUGAUCAAGUGAGGGAAAUGGAGGCCAUAAAGCAACUAAUGCUUCUUUACAAGCACAAGUGGAUGCCCUCAAGAAACAAGUUGCUCCAAGAAACGCACCGGUCGCCUAUGUUCAAGUGGGAUGUGAGCAUUGUGGGGACUACAACCAUAGUAGUGGGGAAUGUUAUGCCAUGGGGAAAGCUUGGAGUGAGCAAGUGAACUAUGUUGGAGGCCAAGGGCAAGCUAACGACCCGUACUCUAAUACCUACAACCCCGGAUGGAGGAAUCAUCCUAACUUUGGAUGGAGAAACCAAGAAGGUCAAGGCAAUGCUCAAGCCUCUAACCAAGCGGGUCCUAGUUUUCAAGGAGGAAAUAGACCUCAAUAUCAACAACAACCACAAGGUCAAUACCACAACAACCAACACCAAGGGAACAAUUAUGGUGGUAGACCACAACACCCUCCCGGUUUCCAACAACCAAGGAACACGGAUGAGGGAAACAUGCUUGCCAAAUUGAUGGAGAAAUUUGAAAAGAUGGAGGUUGAAAAUAGGCAACUUCACAAUGAAAAUAGGCAAAGGGAGAAGAACCAAGCUUCCACCAUCCAUCACUUAGAGACCCAAAUCUCGCAAAUGGCACUUUCGCUUCAAGGUAGACCUCAAGGGGGAUUGCCCUCUACUACGGAAAACAAUCCUAGAGAACAUGUGAAAGCCAUCAAAGUUGUGGAACUUAGAAGCGGUAGAGUCCUUGAUGUUGAUCAUGAUAAGGAUCUUGAAAAAGCUAAUGGCAAGAGGCCAAUGAUUGUGGAGGUUGAGCCUCAAGUGGUAAUAGAUGUUGCAAGCUCUAGUCAAGAGCUACCAAAGUCGUGUGAGGAGGUGGCUAUUGAUAUUGAUAUUGAAGAACCAUAUGUGAGGCCGCCACCACCACCACCUUUUGUGCCUAAAGUACCAUUCCCAAGCCGGUUGAGAAAGGCUUCGGAUAAUGAAAAGUUUCAUAAGUUUCUUGAAAUAUUCAAGAAACUUCAAAUAAGCAUGAGCCUAGGGGAUGCCUUGCGAGAGAUGCCCCAAUACGCUAAGUUCUUGAAAGACAUAAUUAUGAACAAGAGAAGUUGGGAACAAGGCGGAACAAUUCCUCUAACGGAAAGUUGUAGUUCUAUUAUCCAAAGCAAUCUACCGACCAAGCUACAAGAUACAGGGAGUUUCACGAUUCCUUGCUUAAUUGGCACUUCUACUUCUCUUAAUUGUCUUUGCGAUUUAGGUGCAAGUAUAAAUCUAAUGCAGUUGUGUCUUUUCAGGAAAAUAUGUGGAAACCAACCGAUAAAACAAACUUCCAUGAUGCUCCAAUUGGCCGACCAUUCGCUCAAGAGACCGCACGGGGUUGCGGAAGACGUGCUAGUAAAAGUGGGCAAGUUCAUCUUUCCGGUGGACUUUGUUGUGCUUGAUUAUGCGGUCGACAAAGAUUGCCCCAUGAUUCUCGGGCGUCCUUUUUUCAAUACGGGGAGAGCAUUGGUUGAUGUUAAUGGGGGGAAGAUAACAUUAAGAAUGAAUGAUGAGAGCAUGGUGUUUCACAUCAAGCAUGGCAAAAGCAAGUGUGAGGAGGAGAAAUGCAUGAAGAUUGAUACUACUGAGCCCACAUUGCAUGUGCCUAUGAAGGAGGUUCCUAUGAAAGAACCCGAGGUUGUGUGUGCAAAAAUCAAGACAACACCUCAUGUCAAGCCACGCAAGGGAAAAUCAAGACGUUGGGCAUCAUGGAAGUUGAAGCUCAACGGGAUAGCAACCGCAAGCAAGAGACAAAUAUGCACGGAAGUUGCUACUUUUGGUGAGUACGUCCAAGUUCGAACCUCUCAAGCACAUUCACAAGCAGGGAAGUUGAUUUCUAAGUGGAGCGGGCCGUUUAAAACACGGCGCAAAUUGGAUAAUUAUUUGAUUGAGUUGGAGGGGGCCAAUGGAGAUGUUUUUAAGGUGCUUGGAGAAUGGUGCAAACCAUAUCCUAGAGUGUUGAUCGAUGAAAGUCGCGAGCAAGUCGCUCUUUUUGAUCCUCCAUGAUUUUGAGGAUCGAUAGUCGAGCUUUCGACUUAAAACAAGCGCACUUGGGAGGCAUUCCCAAGAGGUUCGAUUUCUUUUCUUGUCAUUUAUAUUUUGUUACUUAUUUUUAGUGUUUCAUUUAUGAUCGAACACACAAGAUUUGAUUUUCUAAACUCAACUCCAAUUCAAUUUUUAUUUGUCUAAUUUCUUAGCAUUGAGGACAUUGCAUCGAAAUGUGUGAGGAGGGUUUGAAAAUUGAAUGUAGUUGCGUAGGAUUGUUUGUUUUUGAUGUUUUUUCUUUUUCGUUGUUAAUUUUAGUUGUUUGUGUGUUUUUGAUGUUUUGUUUAGGAGAAUUUUGGUCGAAUCUUUGAGCAUGACCCUUAGCUUAAUUUUGUAUCAUGUUAGCUAAGUUGAUCAAGUACUUGCAUUAUAUCAAUUGUCAUGUUCUAGUUAAUGAAUCAUUGAAUGGUUUUUCUUGUUCUAACAAUUGUUGUUGAUGAUUGCUUAGUGAAAUGCCAAUUAUAUGACAUAAGUUGAUAAGAUUAGGGUGAAAUCACUUGUUAGCAACAAUUGACCUUAAAUGCAUGACCAACGAGCUUGAUGCGGAUACAUGAUGUGUAUGUAGUAAAAUUGUUGAAUUUUAGGAAAUUGGGCAUAUGUGGCAUGAUUGUUGUAGUUCUAGCAUUGGUUAAAACACACCCAAGUCUUGAGUUUUUUCGAGCCUAUUUUGUUGUUGUGUUUUGCAUGUUUAGUCCUAGAAUUUGCUCAUAUGUCCGGGCAAGAUUGUAUUGUUGAGUUUUUGGCAAUUAGGUGAUAAUGGCAAUUAGGAUUACACACUUCUCCAACCCACUCAAAAAGCCUACCCCUUUUCCCCUAGAUAACACAAUUUGAGCCUUAACCAAAUUUUUUGUUUAAACCACAAUUUUCACACAAAUCAACCUUUUUCAAAAUUUUACCUCUAAAACACCCUAACUUGACUUGAAAUAACUCAUAUAAAAACAUAAGGAAACUCUAGCUUGAUGAACUAUUGAAAAAAGUGAACUAAGUGCUAAAAAUAUAAGUUAAUGCCUUAGAGAAAGAAAUAAAAAAACAUGAAAAAGAAAACAAAAGAAAAAAGAGAGAAAUUGAAGAAAAGAAAAGAAAAGAAAAGAAAGAAUAAACAAAGGCAUGAAAAGUUCUCAUUUGUUAAAAAGUUCACUUGUAUGAAAAUUUCCAAGCUAGACCAAGUAAAAGAGUGCAAUUGUUAUUCAAGUUAAGCUUUUAGCAAAAAUCUAUCUUUUUACCUACCCCUAACCCUUAGCCCCAUUAUAACCCUUGAAAGUCCAUUUGAUAGUUGCCGAAACCCGAACUAAGUAGUGGAGUCCGGAAUUUGAGCAAGCCUAUGGUGACUAUUACAUGUGUUCUUUGUAUACCCUUUGUUAUCUUGAGCGAGUGAAAUCUAGUGAGGAAUACGCCAUUGCUUGUAGUAGAACAUUUAUGCCGUGUUGUGCCCAACGUAGCUUGAAUCCGAUUUGUAUACACGUCCCGCAUAAGAUAGCAAGUUUUCAAUAUAGAAUGGUCGAUAAGCAUGUUUCUGUGAUUGUAACCUUGAUGCUAUCAAUUUAUGUCAUUGACAUCACAUUUCUCACUUGUUUGCAUCACUCUUAGUUGUUAGGUCGGGAAUCAUUCGUUUGGUAAUUCAUUAGUUGGAACAUUGUGUAUGAUAUAUAUGCGGGUUUGAAGUUAUUAGCUACCAUGCGUCUCCGAGUAAGAUUCAUUUCUUACUUGAGGACAAGCAAGGUUUAGUGUGAGGAGGUUUGAUAGGAGUAUUUUACUCCUAUUUAGGGUGCCGUUUCCGCAUGCUUUUAUUACGAUUUAUCACGGUUUUAUGGUAUUCCGAGUGCCUUAUUAUAUGUUUUAUUA